AUGAGUGAGUCUCUCACUCUCUUCAUCCAUCAUGGGAAGAACCAGGUGGAUAAAGUGACUGUAGACUCAACAGAUGCCGUCCAAAAUCUUGAUAAGCAUUUAGAGACUCUUCCCAAAAUGCGAUUCGUUUUUUUUAAUAAUAUGUUAUUAGUCGGUUCAUUUUCAUAUCAAUUUUAUAAAAUACAGAAUGGUGAUCACUUAUUUGUGGCGCCGGUUGGGUUAUCACUUGGAGUUAAGUUAAAAAAUACACUUUUGCAUUAUUUAAUACCAAUGCCGCCAGAAGAAAAAAAAGAAAUCAAACCAAAUCCAGAAAAACGAAUUACAUCAUUCUUCAGAGAGACUGCUCGCGUCAAAGACCAACAACUUCAAAAAGUUGAAGGAACCGCAGCAACACAUUCGCGCGCUCUAGGUUUAUUCUCAAAUAUCAUGCGACCUAAACCACCCCCUCCGCCUCCACCGCCGUUAAUACCGCAAACACCUACCGUUAUCCCUCCUAAACAAAGGGAACCUUCUUCUGAUUCUUUGCCGCCACUUUGGAUUAAACCCAAAGAGGAGGAAGAUCUAAUGGAAGAAGAUUAUAUAGAGUCUGAUGAUAUAGAUCAGGAAAAUGAAUAA